AUGUCGACCAAUCUUAUGUCCCUUCCUCCCGAAGUACGCCUACUCAUCUACGAGCAGCUCUUCGGCUCCUAUGUGAUCCGCCACGGGCACGGCCGUCAUGCCACCAGGUCCAACCAAAACCGCGCUGCUCUCCUCCUAACCUGCAGUAAAAUCCACAACGAAGCAUGGCCUAUCCUACCACAAAGAGCAAUGCUCCACUUCCACGGCACAGAAGCUAUGAUUGAAACUCUGAUGGGCAUGGACCUAGAGCACAUCACUCGCAUCCGUCAUAUUCGCGUGACGCCCCUCCCGUUCCCCUUGUAUGGCGCCGGUUGCACCGAAUUCCGCCACAUGUAUUACUUCGAUGAUGCGAUCAAAUUGAUCGGACGCCUAAACCUGGACCAAUUGAUCAUUGAUGAUGCGUUUCACGGAUUUGCGGAUGUCGAGGGGUGGUCCGAUGUGGUUACGUACUUUAAUAUUGAAGCACUGCCGAAGAGUGAUGGCUGGAGCGAGUUGAUAUACAUAACUCCCAACACGGACUUCAUGACCAGUUGCAACGAUCAUAGGCAGGAGAGAAAGGCCCAGUCGCAGAAUUGGCGCCAGAUGCUGUUGGAGCGGGAUGGGGAGUCAUCCGGCGCGGGUGUGUCGAUGUAUAUCACUCCUGAGAAGGAAGACAAAGGGGAUGCAAACGGAAACUCGGAGGCAAUGCGGCCUUAUGAAGCAGAGAGAAAGGGGGUGGUGAGGGUCGUGGCGCGGAGGGGGCGUCGUCAGGCGAUCCCGCAGUUGGGCGGGGAAUUGGACGCCUUGUUACAACGACAUACCGACGCCUUCGGGUGGAUCUAUGGGGGAUUAAGCCGCCGAGUGGCGCUCGCGCAACGAGCCUUCAAUUACUGA